AAUUUUGAAUUAAGUGUUUAAUUCAUAACCACACUACUGGAAGUACAAAUGACUUCUAUAUGAAUUGUCCAUUCAAGUGUACAGUUCAGAACUUACAUUUAUAUUCUGAAGAAAAAGAAUGACAGAUUGCUGGUAGAUAUCAAGCAGUAAGUUGUAAAUCUCUAAACACUAAUGAAAAGAAAACCUCAUUAAUCCAUACUGAACUUCAUAACGUUUUUGGUAUGGACUGUUGAUAGCGUUAAAGUAAAAUCAAUGAAGUAUAUACAUAUCUCAUUGUAGAUGAAUCAGCAAAUGAGAAGAUUAAGCGAUAUUUGCACUAAAUACACAAAUGCCACGAAGACACACUCAGUAAGUGAUGACGCGUAGCAAAAUAGUGUGUUUUUACGGCGCGUACGCUGACUGUCUGUAAUUGAGAAUAAAAAACAUGAAAUCUGUUUUUCAUAAUUCUGAAGUGACUUAUUUGUAGCUCAUUAGACUUUAUAUUUUGUGUCACAGCAACACUAAAUCAGAUCUCUCUCUCUAUUCCCCCAAACGCGCUGUAACCGAAAGACUCCAAUAAAAACUGAAUUAUCACCCGCCAUGGCUAACUGUAGCGAUUUGUUGUGGAUGACACACUCUCAAGUAAAACUGCGGAGAAAAUUCUGCACUUAAUUUCAUCACUCUCGGUUUCGAUUUCCAAUACAAGUAGGCAAACACUAAAGAAGAACCCUGUUGUUUGAAGCAACACCACAGUCUGGUACGAUGCUAAAACGGUCAAAACAAUUCAGCUUGCAGCGUUAGAACUAACGAAUGACGCAGCAAUAAGACUUUUCCUCCCAUCCAGGCAGUGCUGAAGAAGGAAUUCCGUUUGCGUCUUGGCUGAGUGCAUGAAGUCACUGGCUAACCUUGACAGUGCUAGCGUUAUCUGAAUGUAAUUCUCUCACACAACUCCGCAAAGAGCGCACGUGCGCUACGUGAUUACUCAGCUUCUUCUUCUCGCGUUGUCAUAGCGCUCUAGACUACUGGCAGCAGCGAGUGAAGUUCAUUGGCUGGACCCCCACCUCCCGCCGCAGCAACCUGCACGGCAGCAUGACACAAACCCCCACUAUAUAACAGCUGGCAAACAGCUGAGAAACAAGUUAGUCGCAGAAGCGCAUUCUGUUCUCAGAAGCCUGCACAAGACGCUAUGGUUGUAAACAACAAGUUUAGAUUCGCGAUUGACAGAGGCGGCACGUUCACAGACAUCUACGCAAAAUGUCCAGGCGGAAAGAUUCGCGUUAUGAAACUUUUAUCUGUGGAUCCUGCCAACUAUCCUGAUGCUCCUAGAGAAGGUAUAAGAAGAAUCUUGGAAGAGGAAACCGGCGUUCCUAUGCCGGCCGACCAGCCAGUAGACGGCAGCUCGGUCGAGUGGAUCCGUAUGGGCACAACGGUGGCCACCAACGCGCUGCUGGAGCGCAAGGGCGAGCGCAUGGCGCUGCUCGUCAGCUCCGGUUUCCGCGACGUGCUCUUCAUUGGCAACCAGGCCCGGCCGCGGAUCUUCGACCUGGAGAUAGUCACACCUGAGGUACUGUAUGAGGAUGUCAUGGAGGUGGACUGCCGUAUAAUUCCUGCACUCCCCGGCCGUUGCCAGCUGCAGGAGAUGGCUGCAAACUGGCGGAAAGUGCGAGGCACUACUGGAGAGGAGCUCCUGGUUGUCAAGGAACUGGACACUGAACAACUGACCAGAGACUUGCGGGCACUCCGCGACAAAGGCUAUAACAGCCUUGCCGUAGUCCUCGCCCAUUCUUACAUGUUUCCUGACCAUGAGCUGGCUGUGGGUGAGAUAGCAAAGAAACUUGGUUUUGGGCAUGUAUCUCUGUCACACCAGGUUAUGCCCAUGGUCCGUAUUGUGCCACGUGGCUUCACUGCCUGUGCAGAUGCAUACCUCACACCACACAUUCAGCGUUAUGUACAGGGCUUUGCUUCUGGAUUCAAAGAUAAUCUCAAAGGAGUCAAUGUGCUAUUUAUGCAGAGUGAUGGUGGUCUUACUCCCAUGGAUGUAUUCAAUGGCUCCCGAGCAAUACUUUCUGGCCCAGCAGGUGGGGUGGUUGGAUAUGCUGUCACAACAUAUGGAAGAGAAACUAACUUGCCAGUCAUUGGGUUUGAUAUGGGUGGAACAUCCACUGAUGUUAGCAGAUUUGAUGGGGAAUAUGAGCAUGUAUUUGAAUCAACUACAGCGGGAGUCACAAUACAGGCACCUCAGCUCGAUGUAAACACUGUUGCUGCUGGCGGUGGCUCGAUGCUUUUUUUCCGCUCAGGAAUGUUUGUGGUGGGUCCUGAAUCUGCUGGUGCACACCCAGGCCCUGUCUGCUAUCGAAAGGGAGGACCAUUGGCUGUCACUGAUGCCAAUCUGUGUCUUGGAAGGAUCCUACCCGAGUACUUCCCAAAAAUAUUUGGGCCUACAGAGAAUGAACCCCUGGAUAAAAAAGCGACUAUUUCUGAGUUUGAAAAACUCACAGCUGAGAUAAACAACUUCCUGACAAGUCAGGAGACUGAACUUCUGAAGAAAGAUACAAUGUCUGUUGAAGAAGUUGCUAUGGGAUUCAUUAAGGUUGCAAAUGAAACCAUGUGUCGCCCAAUCAGAGCCCUUACACAGGCAAAGGGUUACGACACUUCCCGGCACAUACUGGCCUGCUUUGGAGGAGCAGGAGGGCAGCAUGCAUGUUCAAUUGCUCGUGCACUUGGAAUGGGUACUGUAUUUGUUCACAAAUAUGCUGGAAUUCUUUCAGCAUUUGGUAUGGCUCUUGCAGAUGUUGUUCAUGAGGCCCAAGAACCAUGUGCAAAAUUGUAUGAGAAAGAUUCAUUUACUUAUCUAGAUGAACGUCUUGAUGCACUAGAAGCAGAGUGUCGGCAGAAAUUAAUGGAACAGGGGUUUUCUACUGAGCAAAUUGAGACUGAACCGUUUCUACAUCUUCGAUAUGAAGGAACAGAUUGUGCACUAAUGUGUUGCCCUCGUAAAACGAGCAAGAAUUCAGUGUCUGAAUGUAAACACGGUGACUUUAAGGAGACUUUUCUCCAAAGAUACCAACGUGAGUUUGGAUUUACAAUUGCUGGUAGAGCUAUUGUUGUGGAUGACAUAAGAGUGAGAGGUAUUGGGAAGUCCAUGAUAGAUAUAGAUCAUAAAGUGGAAACAGCUACUGAGCCUCCAGUUCCAGACAAGGUAACAAAAGUCUAUUUUGAGGGUGGAUACAGAGAGACAUCAGUAUAUUUACUGAGUGAUCUGAAAGCUGGACACACCAUAGCAGGGCCUGCUAUCAUCAUGGACAACCUCAGCACCAUUCUGAUAGAACCUGAUUGCACUGCUCUCAUAACAUCAGGUGGAGACGUUAAGAUAACAAUUGGCUCAGGAGAACUGAAGAAGAUUGGCACUGAACUAGAUUCAAUCCAACUCAGCAUAUUCUCACACCGAUUCAUGAGUAUUGCUGAACAAAUGGGAAGAAUCUUACAGAGAACCUCUAUCUCUACCAACAUUAAGGAGAGGCUGGACUUUUCCUGUGCUCUUUUUGGACCGGAUGGUGGUCUUGUAUCAAAUGCGCCCCACAUCCCUGUCCAUUUGGGGGCAAUGCAAGAGACCGUGCAGUAUCAGAUGCGUGUACUAGGAGAUAAUAUCCAUGAAGGUGAUGUCAUACUCUCAAAUCAUCCGUCAGCUGGUGGAUCUCAUCUUCCAGACUUAACUGUCAUCACACCUGUAUUCUACAGGGACCAGAAGAAGCCUGUAUUCUUCGUUGCCAGUAGAGGACACCAUGCAGACAUUGGUGGCAUUACACCAGGGUCCAUGCCUCCACACUCUAAAAGCCUAAUAGAAGAGGGAGCUAGUUUCAAGAGCUUUUUCCUUGUGAAGAAAGGAGUAUUUAAUGAACAAGAGUUAAUUGAUGCUCUCAUGGCACCAGGGAAAAUUCCUGGGUCUUCAGGAACAAGGAAUCUUCAGGACAAUUUGUCUGAUCUAAGAGCACAGAUUGCAGCUAACCAGAAGGGCAUCAGUUUGGUACGAGAGCUUAUUGAUGCAUAUGGUCUGGAUGUUGUCCAAGCAUACAUGGGGCAUAUUCAGUCCAAUGCAGAAAUAGCUGUAAGAGACAUGCUGAGAGAAAUUGGAAAGAGAGCAAAGGAGAGAACUGGACAAAGUGUCUUAGAGGCUGAAGAGUACAUGGACGAUGGGUCUCCUAUAAAACUAAGAGUAACAAUUGAUGUUGAAGAAGGAACUGCCACCUGUGAUUUCAGUGGUACUGGGCCUGAAGUAUGGGGGAACUGCAAUGCCCCCAGGGCAAUAACUCUGUCUGCUCUCAUCUAUUGCCUACGCUGUAUGGUUGGGCAUGAUGUCCCUCUUAAUCAGGGGUGCUUGAAUCCAGUGAAAACUGUUAUACCUUCUGGCUCCAUGCUCGACCCUUCAGACACAGCUGCUGUUGUUGGUGGAAAUGUGUUAACAUCGCAGCGAAUCGUAGAUGUUGUUCUAAAAGCAUUCCAGGUGUGUGCAGCAUCUCAAGGCUGCAUGAACAAUGUCACAUUUGGUGAAGAGGGCUGGGGAUAUUACGAGACAGUUGCUGGAGGUGCUGGGGCUGGACCCACUUGGGAUGGCCGAGGUGGUGUACACUCGCACAUGACCAACACACGAAUUACUGAUGCCGAAAUCUUGGAACGACGCUAUCCCGUGGUGCUGCAGAAAUUCUGCCUUCGUGAAGGUUCCGGAGGUGCUGGCCUGCACAGGGGCGGUGAUGGUGUUGUGAGGGAGUUGCUCUUCAGGAGGCCAAUGACACUCUCUGUUCUCACUGAGCGCAGGGUGUUCGCACCCUAUGGCAUGGCUGGUGGCAGUGCAGGUGAAAAAGGUCUCAACUUAAUGUUGAAGAGGGAUGGCCGUGUAAUAAACCUUGGACCGAAGACUGCUAUUGAUGUUGAACCUGGAGACGUGUUCCGGCUGCUGACGCCGGGCGGAGGCGGCUACGGCGCCCCCGAUGGCGCCGCCCCUGGCGCAGCCGCCGCCCCCAGGAGCUGCCGGCAGCCCGCCCUCGAGAGGGGCAGCGUCUUCGAAUACCGGCGCGCCCAAGAGUCCGUCUGAAGCCGCCGCUUCCACCUCUGCUGGGCGCCACUUCUUAUUGUACAUAAUAUAGUGUAACCCAAAAUAAAGUACGCAAGUGCUGCUCAAA